AGCAGAUAUUGUCUUGUUUGCUGCCCUUUUACUUAACCUGGCAUAAGGUCCGUCUCAUAGUUACAAAUCUGCUGCAUCGUAAGAUAGACGCGGCGCAGGGCGAGUAGCCCGGCCGCCACGUCGUUCCCAUUACCAUGUCGGAAGGGGGGAACAAGCCGGACCCCGUCGAGAGAAGCUUACAGCGGGAGCCUGCUGACGAGGAUAUGCUGGAGCCAGCAGCUCAAGAAGGACCGGAAGCGGCGAGUGAGGUCGGCGAGGGCGGGGAGGAGCCAGCUGCGAAAAAGCCUAGGCUGUCCUCGGCUCCAAAAUUUGCGCCGAAAGAGCUUCGAGUCAAAGGCUCGAUUUCGACGAAGGCCCAGCAGGCGACUGAACCUCGAUCGAUGCCGCGCCAGCAGCAGCCUUUGAAGCAGCAGCAACAACAGCAGCAGAAUAUGCAACAGUUGCCGACAAAGCAGGCGGGGUCUUUAUUAACGGUCGCAGAGAUUGUUACGGACAAGCUCACUAAAUUAGCGCAAAGGAAUUGGUCUAACGCGGCACGCGCACGGCACCCGCCACCAACGUUCAAACCGAAGCUCGUUUCAUCCAUCUACCGGGAUGAACUUGGCGGGGCGGGUACACGGGGACCUAGCUUCAAGCGGGUCAUGCUGCUGGAGGUGUCUCAGUACUUGGAGAAUUACCUAUGGCCCAACUUUGACCCGGAGACCGCCACGUUCGAGCACGUCAUGUCGAUCGUGCUGAUGGUCAACGAGAAGUUCCGGGAGAAUAUUCCAGCUUGGGCGUGCUUCCACACGCGGGAGGAUGCCUUUCCCGGCUUCUUCAAGCGUGUCCUGUCACUGAAGGAAGGACGUGAGGGCAAGCUGCGCAUGCACGAGCGGACCGCAUAUGUCCUAUUCAUGAUCCGCUCCUUCCAGUCCUUGGAGGAUGAGAUGGUCCGGGCUCAGGUUCUGCGCGUGGUGUCCCUGCCGCUGUGGCACGCGCUGUCGCCGGGGCGGCUGCAGCUAGAGCUGCACGCCCACGAGGCGCUUGCUAAGCACUGGAAAGCAGCCGCCAAGAAGGAGGCCAAGGCAGCUGCUAAGAAGGCCAAGGCAGGCGCAGCGGCCGGCGAGGGCGCUUCUGCUGCGUACGUACCUGUGGCUCAGCGACCUGAGGUCCGCUUCCUGCCGUCGUUGCUGGACGAAUUCCUAUCCGUGUUGGAUAAGGUGGUCAUACCGCCCACUGACCCCGGCUGUUUUGCUAAGCUCGACCGCGCUGGGCUACAAUACUGCGAGCGCUUUCUGGAGUUCCUCAUCGAUCUGCUGUCGCAGCUGCCCACACGGCGCUUCGUGCGGACGCUGUUGGAUGACCGGGCGCUGCUGAUCAAGUGCCGCAUGAGCAAGCUCUUCAAGUACACCCAACCGCCACCCGGGGCGGCGGAGGCGGCAGAAGUCGCCGCUAAGGCGGCAAAGGCUGCUGCCCAAGCAGCUGCCAGGUCAGCCGGAGAGGGGGCCCGGCAGCCUACCAGUAACGGCGCCAGCAAUGCAGCGGUGCUGAUGGAACAGGGCGAAGGAGAGGAGGAGGCUUUGCGUGAAGGGGCGGAGGAGGACUCCCGGACAGAGGGCAGCGAGAGCGAAGUCGGGGAAGAGGAGAGCAGCGGCGGUAGUGACAGCGACGCAGAGGGCGAUGCAGAGCGUGCUGGAGGAGAACAGGAGGCCGCGGCCGCAGACGACGCAGCUAACGACGCCAUUGCGAAUGGGGGCGAAGCCGAUGGCGCUGGGGAUGCAGCGGCGGAGGCGGCAGGCCCCGGCGGGGUCCUCCAGGGCCGCAUCCAAGGGCGUGGCGGCGGCAGGGGCCGGGGUCGCGGCAGAAGCGGCGGCAGGGGUCGCGGCAGAAGCACUUGGCGGCGCCGCCGGAUCCGCGGUCCGAGCGGUACAGCGGAGGACAGCGAGCAGGUCCGGCGGCCGGCUGGUCCCCCAUCCAACACGCUGUUCCGGCAGCUGGUGGACUUGUUCGCCUACUACAUGGCCUUCCCCAUUAACGAUCACACGGGCGACCCCCUCACAGACGAUGACGUCACCACUGCUCAUUACGAGAAGGCAAGAACUCGGGGCCGGAUGGAAGUCUGUCAGUUCCAGCGGCUGUGCUUCAAGCACUGGGCGCACGUGGAGUCUUUGCACGAGCUGGCGCUCAGCAACUGUGGGGCUGUGGAGCAGCGUGACAACCUGCGGCGGCAUUUGUCAGCCAUUUCCACGGACCAACUGCGGCACCUGGUGUGUCGCCAGCUGAGGCUUGUGGGCGAGGACGACCCAUGGGCUGCGGACACGGCUUUCAUCAUGGAGGUCCUGGUCAGCACGUACCAGCGGCGGCGCAGUCAGCGGGAGGUGGUCAAUGAGAUGCCGCUGUACCCGACAGAGGGGCUGCUGUGGGAUGAGAGCCAGAUCCCUGCCUCCUCGGAGCACUACACGGGAGAGGGAGCGCUGGCGCUGCCCAAGCUCAACCUGCAGUUCCUAACCACCCACGACUACCUGCUCAGAAACUUCCACUUGUUUAGGCUGGAGGCCACCUAUGAGAUCCGGGAGGACAUUUCGGAUGUGCUGCGCCGCAUAGGGGCGUACUGGGAUGAUGACGACAGGGUGCGAUUUGCCGGCUGGGCGCGUAUGGCGCUGCCGCUUAACUCCUUCAAGAUCACGGAGGUCCGCAAGCCCAACGUGGGGGACGCCAAACCCGCGGCGGUGACCGCCAACGUGGUGAUCGACACACGGCCGCUGAGGGGCGACGUGCGCGCAGAGUGGGAUGAGCUGAAGCAGCACGAUGUGUUGUUCCUGAUGACUGUUCGUCCGCCCGCCGCCGCGGCUGCGGCCGCCUUGUUUGCGGACGGGCGGGAGCCCAACGCCGCGGAGAAGCACGGCUUGGUGUACGUGCGUGGCUGCGAGGUCAUCGAGGUCCGCGAUGAGGGCGGCAGGUUGAUGAAUGACUUCACGGGUCGCGUGAAGCGUGACGAGGUGAAACCGCCCGAGGGCUUUUCCCGCACCCUCACUGUGGCACUUGACACUGCCCAAUAUCAGCUGGACAUGAACACCAUGGCGAAACACAAGAGUGAGGACCCCUACGCAACCUUUAACCUCCUUAUGCGGCGCAAGCCCAAGGAAAACAAUUUCAAGGCUGUGCUGGAGUCCAUCCGCGACCUCAUGAACGACGAGACCGCUGUGAUCCCGCCCUGGCUACAUGAUGUGUUUCUGGGGUACGGAGAUCCGGCAGCGGCGCAGGCGCGAGUGCCCGGUACUGCCGCCGCCGCUGCCGACGGCGGCGGCGGUGACCAGGGCGGCGUAGGCGACCAGUCGCCGCUGCGAACAGUGGACUUUGGGGACACGUUCCUUGAUGCGGAGCACGUGGUGACCUUCGUAAACCGCUCCGGAGGCCCCCAGCCGGUGCCUCCAUUCAGGGUCACCUUUCCCACGGAGCCUGCCCCGGCAACGGCGAACGGACCCUCCACGUCCGGCACAGCGGACGCGGCCUCCACUGCCGGCGGCGCCGCGGCUGCACCCAUGGCCGAGGAUGCCACAGGUGCUUCUACUGCUGCGGACGUCGGCAGCGCUCCUGCAACGGGUCCCAGUCCCGGGGAGUUGCUCGUGGAGAGCUACGUGCCGCCCGACCCAGGGCCCUACCCACAGGACCAGCCCCGCCGCAAUGCAGUGCGGUUCACGCCGGUGCAGGUGGAAGCCAUCGCUUCCGGUGUGCAGCCGGGACUGACCAUGGUGGUGGGGCCCCCCGGCACCGGCAAGACCGACACGGCCGUGCAGAUCAUGACGGUGCUCUACCACAACUGUCCGGGGCAGCGCACACUGCUCAUCACGCACUCCAACCAGGCGCUAAACGACUUGUUUAGCAAGAUCAUGGAGCGGGACGUCCCGGAGCGUUACCUGCUUCGAUUAGGUAUGGGCGAGGCGGAGCUGGACACUGAGCAGGAUUUCAGUCGGGUGGGGCGAGUGAACGCCAUGUUGGCCAGGAGGCUGGAGCUGCUCGCGGAGGUGGAGAAGAUGGCGCGACAGCUGGGAGUGCCCGAGGCCGAGUCCGUGGCGUACACGUGCGAGACAGCCGGGUAUUUCUGGCUGAUCCACGUGCUGGCCCGUUGGGAGAAGUUCACGGCUGCGGUGGAGCGGGCGCGUGCGGGCGGUGCGGGGCCGGCUGUGAUUUCAGAGCUUUUCCCCUUCAAGGAGUACUUCGCGGACGCGCCGCAGCCGCUCUUCGCGGGGAACGACUUCAAGCAGGAUAUGGAGCGUGCCCGCGGCUGCUUCCGGCAUCUACGUACGCUGUUCCAGGAGCUGGAGGAGUGCCGCGCGUUCGAGAUGCUCAAGGGGCAGGCGGACCGCGUCAAUUACCUCAGCACCAAGCAGGCCAAGAUCGUGGCUAUGACGUGCACGCACGCGGCGCUGAAGCGGCGCGAGUUCCUGCAGUUGGCUUUCAAGUACGACAACCUACUGAUGGAGGAGGCGGCGCAGAUUCUGGAGAUUGAGACUUUCAUCCCCAUGCUGCUGCAGAAACCCGAGGACGGUGUGUCGCGUCUGAAGCGUGUGGUGCUGAUUGGCGACCACCACCAGCUGCCACCUGUCGUCAAGAACCAGGCCUUCCAAAAGUACUCGCAUCUCGACCAGUCUUUGUUCACACGCUUCAUUCGGCUGGGCACUCCCUACGUGCAGCUCAACGCGCAGGGUCGCGCUCGUCCCUCCCUGGCGCGGCUGUACAACUGGCGGUAUAAGGCCCUGGGCGACCUGCCGGCGGUGCAGCAGGGGACGCCCUUCCGGGCUGCCAACCCGGGCUUCGCCUUCGACUUCCAGCUGGUGGACGUGCCAGAUUACCUGGGCAAGGGCGAGUCGGAGCCUGUGCCGUACUUUUACCAGAACCUGGGUGAGGCUGAGUACGUGGUCGCCGCGUACAUGUUCAUGCGGCUGCUGGGCUACCCCGCACACAAGAUCUCCAUUCUCACAACUUACAACGGACAGAAGGCGCUCAUUCGAGAUGUCGUGGAGCAGCGCUGCGCGCCCUACGCCAUGUUUGGCAGGCCGCACAGGAUCGCCACUGUGGACAAGUACCAGGGCGCCCAGAACGACUACAUCCUGCUCAGCUUGGUGCGCAGCCGGACAGUGGGCCACUUGCGCGAUGUGCGGCGGCUGGUGGUUGCCAUGAGCCGAGCUCGGCUAGGGCUUUAUAUCUUUGGCCGGAAGGAUCUGUUCGCCAAUUGCUACGAGUUGCAGCCCACCUUCCGGCAACUGCUUGCGCGGCCUACCCAAUUAGCGUUGGUCAAGGGCGAGUCGUACGGCGUUUGCGCACGUGGGCUAGAGGACCCAGUGCAGUACGACCUUAUGCCGGGUGUGGAGGCUAUGUCGGCGCUGGUCGCCGCAAUUACGGAUGAGCAGGUCGCAGCGGCAGCUCUGGCAGCUGCAGUGCCGCCACCAUAUGAGCAGCAACCCCUGCCUGGAGGCCUGUCAGCGACUGAGCAGCAACAGCCAGAGCAGGGGGUUACGGUGCAGGGCACUGGCGGUGAGGCAGAGACGGGGCCGCAAGGGGGGUGUGAGGCAGAGUUGACACCCAAGGAUGAGGGCAGCAAAGACAAGGACGCGUCGGAGGCAGCAGUCGACAGGUCGGCAGGGGAAAAAGGCGCGGAGGCGGCAGAGGAAGCCGGGGGAACUAUGGAGGAGUGACGGUCGCCUAUGCUUCAGAAUAUAAUUUAAUCCCUUAUUUGGAUUAUGCUGUCUGGGGCGGUGCGAAGAUGCGCUGGUCAGGUACUGUUAGGAUUUAGGUGCUGAGUUCCUGAGGCUUAGGCCCUCAGGGACAGGAUUACCCGGCAGACCGGUGAUAUUGGAAGGUGAUGUUGGUUACGUUGCUCCAUCGGUAUAUUUUGGCGGCAGAGAAAGUCAAGUGGUGGCGAGGCGUUGCAGGCAAUGUAAACCUGGUCCC